UCACAACUUGGUUGUUGACAAAUGUUAAGAAGGUAGCAGUUCACAGCAAGUAUUUACUAUGAAGUCUUGCUGGUUUUGUUUAAUAUUUUUGUUCUAUUUAAUUAACUUUGGAAAUGGACAGUCCAAAACGAAGGCCCAAAAUUUGGGUGAAAAGGUUCAACAAUUAAUGGAAAUGAAUAUGAAAAGAACAGUACUAAAGUUCAAUGGACCACGAUUCAAGGAAUAUGUUAAGUCUGCACCUCGAAAUUAUUCAGUGAUUGUAAUGUUCACUGCACUAGCUCCAGCACGUUCAUGUUCUAUUUGUAGGCAUGCUAAUGAUGAAUUUACUAUUGUGGCUAAUUCAUUCCGCUACCCUCAAACUUAUUCAAAUAAAUUGUUUUUUGCUAUGGUUGAUUUUGAUGAGGGAUCAGACGUAUUCCAAAUGCUUAGGCUUAAUGCAGCUCCAGUUUUUAUGCAUUUUCCUUCUAAAGGAAAACCAAAGAAUGCUGAUACGUUUGAUAUUCAACGGGUUGGAUUUGCAGCAGAGUCAAUAGCCAAAUGGAUUGCCGAAAGAACAGAUAUACAGAUUAGAGUUUUCCGUCCUACAAACUAUUCUGGAACUCUAGCUAUGCUUAUGCUUUUCAUUCUCGUUGCUGGUUUCCUGUACAUGAGAAGAAAUAAUUUAGACUUCUUGUAUAACAAAUCUCUUUGGGGUGUUUGUGCUGUGUUCUUCUGUUUCGCCAUGGUUUCUGGACAAAUGUGGAACCAUAUUAGAGGUCCACCUUUCGUGCACCAUAGCCAUAAUGGCAUAAGCUAUUUUCAUGGAUCUUCUCAAGGUCAAUUCGUUUUGGAAUCGUAUAUAGUGAUUGUACUGAAUGCUGCGAUUGUUAUUGGAAUGAUAAUGAUGACUGAUGCUGGUUUGAGAAAGGGAGAUGUAAGAAUGAGACAGAUAUUUGCCAUUGUAGGAUUGGUCAUAGUGAAUGUAUUUUUCAGUAUUAUACUGUCUAUAUUCAGAUCAAAAGCACAUGGUUAUCCAUAUAGUUUCCUCUUCAAGUAAAUUAAUUAGCACGUCUUACUAGAAUUAAACGUAGGAUUAAAAGCAGUAAUUUAUUGCUAAGAACUGUUAAAAUAUUUUUGGAUUAUAUUAGUCUUUCUUAUUUUGUUAAUGGAACAUUCUACUAACAGCUAUGAUAAAUAGUUAUUUAAUUUUUUCUCGUGACAACUAAUGUGAUAGCAAGGAGUGAGGUGUAAUAGUGUAAAUGUUUUUGUUAAUUUGUAUCUAUCUUUGCAAAGUUGUUUUUAUAAGUUAUAUGGUUAAACCUGUAAUUCUACAAUUAUUUUAGUUUAAAUUAUUUGUAAUAUAAUUACACAUAAAACAAUCAGGAAAAGGAUUUAAUUGGAUUUGUAUUUAACUAUAGGUAUCCAACUUGCAUUAUUAAAUUAAUGUAGUUUAACUGGUUAAUUUAUCAAGCAGUAAAUUUGUGAACUGUUUUUGUUAUAUUGUUUGUAUGUAUUUAUCAUAUAUUUAUAAUUAACAUUUAUGUUUUAAUUUAAUUUUUUUU